AGAAAAGCUUCAAGCUCAGAUAUGGCUUUCCACCAAAGAUCGAUAAGUUUGCCUUCUAGGCCUCAAGUCAAUGAGACCCAAGUCGAGCAAGAGCUCCACAACCUAGAAGCAAGCAUCUCUUCCUCCAAUUCCAUCAGCACUAUGUGCGAUGGUCUCAAGAGUCUUGCAAACAUCUACGAUGGUCUUGAAGAGAUUAUUUGCCUACCAAGCCACCAAGUUUUCUCCUCCCAGCAGAGGAACAUGUUGGAUGGAGAAAUGGAAGGUUCUCUCGAGCUACUAGAUCUCUGCAGCGCCAUGCAAGAGAUCUUCGCCGAGAUGGUGGUCAUCAUCCAAGAGCUGCAAGUGGCUCUAAGACAAGGAGAUGAUGCAGCUGCUCAAGCCAAGAUCCAGUCUUUUACUCGCUUGGCGAAGAAGGCCAGGAAACAUUUCAAGAAGACUGCCAAGAAGGCUGCAUCCAACAAGAUGGUCAUGCUAUUGACCAACGCAAGAGAGAUCUGCAUCUCUCUGCUGGAGUCCACACUCCAUCUCUUGUCGAAGCAAAUUGAAAUGCCGAAGCAGUCUCUUGUCUGCAAGGCAUUUUACAAGAAGAAGGCCGUUGUUUGCGAGGAGCAAUUGCAGGAGUUAGAGUGCAGCAUUGGAGAUCUUCAGAAUGGAGCAGGAACUCUGUUCAGGAAAUUAGUCCAGAACAGAGUUUCUCUAUUAAACAUUCUUAGCUCAUAAAUACUCCACAUCACUCUAUGCCCUGUGAUUGGCAUCCGCCUUUUUGAGGAUGAGCCAAUCUUGAUAUAGUAUUCCAUGUGUAUAGUAUACAGUGCAAAUGUACAGAAAUUAUAGAAACAAAGACCAAAGCUUUGAUC